AUGCCGAUCGCACCGGAGCAGUACUCGUCGGUGGACGUACUUGUUGCAAAGGCCCGGGACCUAGAGGCUAUACCGGAGAGCAAUUCAAUUGGAGUCCGCGGGAAUUGUAAUCAGUGGCGCCGGCGAACUGGAUUAGGAAGGAACUACAGCACAGGAGCCUGGGCACAGCAGUACGGCGUCGGCGGCCUAGGGCUAGGACUGACUCAGGUCGACAUCGCGGCCGCUGUCCAAGGUGAGGAAGAGGAGUGCGGCGGCGAGCUCUUCGAGUCCGGGCCCUCGCUGCUCGUCUUCCUGCUCAUCAUCCAGGGCGGCGGCAUGGACCUCUCCUGCUACGGCGAGAGGCUGCUCAGCUCUGCGCGCUUCGCGCGCUCUCUCGACCUCCCCCCUCCCCGGCCCCAACCCCUUCCUGCUCGAGAAGGAAAUGGAUACUGCUGUCAUUCAGAAGGACUUGGGCCUCCAGUUGGAGAAGCAAUAUUCGGGAAAACAAUACUUAUCCUGGGGUUCGGAGCCAUUGGCAUGGAAAUUGCCAAGAGACUAAGACCAUUUGGAGUGAAAAUUCUUGCUACAAAAAGAAACUGGUCAUCAAAUACAGUGUCUUGUGAUCUUGAUGGGCUGGUUGACAAGAAAGGUGGUCCAGAAGAUAUGUACGAACUCGUUCGAGAAGCUGACAUAGUUAUAACUUGCAUGACGUUAAACAAUGAAUCAGUUGGGAUUGUGGAUCACAAGUUCCUGUCAGCUUUGAAAAAGGGAUCAUAUCUCAUCAAUAUUGCCAGAGGGCGCCUACUGGACUAUACGGCUGUGUUUAAUCACCUUGAGUCAGGUUGUUGGUGAUGUUGCCCUCAAGCUUCACGCGGGGGAGCCAUUCACCAAAAUAGAAUUUGUGAACUAGGCAAACUGAGUAGAUGGCGGCAUUGUUGAUUUAAUU